GGGUAAAAGUUUUUUACUGGACCUGCGUGUUCAGUUAUUUACAAUUUAUAGGAAACGAAUAGGUUGUUUCACAAACAUGAUCUCCACAGGGGGGGAAAUGCUCAUUUUAGAACAAAAUUUGAGAUGGCACUUUAGCUUUUGCAUCUGAACAUGUCAAAUGAAGCCAGAAAUGUUAACUUUUGGCUGAAUAUCUUGACUGAGUGGGUGGGGGAAAGAACAAGAGGAUAGAUGAGGGUUAAAUUAAUGUAUUAUUUUAAUUAAUAUUAAGAAAUAUAAUAAACUUUAAAUGAUUUAUUAAAUGUAGACUCACCGUCGAGAGGCAGAAAGUGCUCUUCAAAUGAAAGAUUGUGCUCGAGUGAGCAGCAGGUGGCGCUAAUUCACUGUUUACCGAACUUUUCACGUGCAAACGUCAUCAGGCUGCGUCGUGCUCUUGCUGUUGUCGUUACCGAUCGACCGAGGAAAAGAGAAAAGAUGGCGUUUAUUAAAGAGGAGAGUGAAGACGUGGAGAUAGAAGAAACAUUCAGAGUCAAACAAGAAGAUCCGCAGGAACAAACAGAUCUGUUGUUACCAAAAAAGGAGAAUCAAGAUCUGAAUAAAUUGAAGAUUGAAGAUCCCCACAGUAAUCAUUUCAUAGCUGGAGAGAGAUCUUUGAGAUGCCCGCAAACAGAAAAGACUUUUUUACAAAGAGCAAACAAAUGUUUUGAGUGUGAAAAAGUUUUCCAAUCUAAAAAAAAAUUUAAAGAGCACAUGCUAACGCACUUUACAGAUGGCUGUUUUACAUGCCAGCUGUGUGGAAGGAGAUGCAAAAACUGGAGAGCGUUUGAGCAUCACAUGAAAGUUCACACUGUAGAAAAACCUUUCAGCUGCCAACAGUGUCCAAAGACUUUCGCUCAAAAGGAUAACCUCAAACUCCACAUGAAAGUUCACACCGGAGAGAAACCGUUCAGCUGCGAACAGUGUCCAAAGACUUUCGCUCGAAAGGAUAACCUCAAACUCCACAUGAAAGUUCACACUGGAGAGAAACCGUUCACGUGCCAACAGUGUGGAACGACCUUUGCUCGAAAUGAUAAUCUCAAAAGUCACAUAAGAGUUCACACCGGAGAAAAGCCUUUCACCUGCCCAGAGUGUGGAAAGAGCUUCAUUCAACAAGGGAUCCUUAAGGUCCACAUGAGGAUUCACAGUGGAGAGAAGCCUUUCACUUGCCAACAGUGCGGAAAGGUUUUUUCUCACUCUUUAAACCUCAACAUCCACAUGAGAGUUCACACCGGAGAAAAGCCUUUUACGUGUAAACCCUGUGGAAAGAGUUUCAGCCAAAUAGGGACCCUCAAGCUCCACAUGAGAACUCACACUGGAGAAAAACCCUUCAGCUGCCAGCAGUGUGGAAAGAGUUUCAGAGUAAAUAUGAAGCUUAAGAAUCACAUGAAAGUUCACACCGGAGAAAAACUUUUCACCUGCCAGCAGUGCGGAGUGAGUUUCAGAGUUAAAAAGACCCUUUCUUCCCACAUGAAGGUUCAUGCAUCGGAGUGAGAAGAGUUUGACUUGUCAAAUAUGAAAAGACAUUUGCAAAUUCAUUCUUUCAGCAGCUGAGUGUGGUAAGAGGAUUAAAAGCGAGCUUUUCAGAGUGCCCUCACUCUGAAGGAAAGCAUGAUACCUGCUAGUAAUGGAUCAUUAUUGAACGAUUUGUUCAUUAUGAACAUUGUGAACAAUGAGCCAUUUAAGGAAGUGAUUUGUUCAUUCACACAUGCUGUCAGCCGUUCCCUGCAAAUCCCCUUGAGUUGCCAGCAUAGGCCCUCUUAUCUGAUUAUAGACUUCACUCUGUUGACUACAAUCCCCAUAACCCUGUACCUGCUGCUGAUUACAUCAGCAACUGAAACCCAUCAAACACAUAUAAUUGUACACAUACUUGCCACGUAAAAAAAUAGACAUAUAUUUUUAUGUCAAGCUCUUGAAAGUGGCUUUUCUGCUAGCAUGAACACUGUUCAUCUUCUCAAUGGUACGAUUGUAUUUCAUGCGUAUGGAUAAAACGGACAAGUUGGUAACUGCUGCCAACCCUAAUGUCUGUCCGUUUACCACCCA